UAAAGUAGCUAACCAUUGAUGACCAAGACUCAGCCAACAUAUAUGGACCGUCAACAAUCUCCCAACGCGCCACCCUCUUCGCCGCCGAUGCCGCCGGUGCACCAGGACGACGCCGACGAAAAUGAUGAGACUGUGAAGCAGCUCAACCAAUGCUCUUCUCUCUACUUAUCUUUACAGGAUUGUCUGAUUAAUACUGAUAGGAAUUGGAAGUCUUGUCAAAAGGAAGUUCAGGCUCUAAAGGCAUGUAAUGAAAGAAGACAGAAGGACAAGAGGAGUUGAGAAAGCAUUUUGAUCAGUUUUCUGAAGUUGGAGACUUACUGUUCUUUUUCUGCUGAUUUUUUCCCCAAUGGGGGCUAACAAAAAUCCACAGUGAUGACUAAUUCUUGUUUACUAUUGAUAAACAUUGAGAUGAGUAUGACUUUAAAGUAUAAGACAUGUACAUUCUCUUUUUGUGUUGGAUGUUCAUUAUACUGUUAGUUUCGGUUUCUGGAGACUGGAAUAGUUGAAAAUGUGUCUAUUAUAUGAUGGAAUUAAUAAACAUUGAGAUGAGUAUGACUUUAAACUGUAAAGGUAUGUUUAUUAUCUUUUUGUAUUA